GCGCAGUCUCAGUCCACGUAAUUUUGUGGGUACGUCUCUGUGAACGUGUUUUCUGCGUAGAAGUUUUUUUCUAUUCAGUCUGUACCCGUCUUUUUAUGUAGAAUUUAGCAGUGCAGCAACUGCUCUAUAUCACAGACUGAGAAUGAAGACUGGGGAGAAUGGAAUGAAGCAUCUCUAGGAAAACGUACAACCACAAAAACAAUGAGUGAACACGAUAAAGAUGCUCCACCAGCUGGAGAGGGGGCUACAAAAAACACCCCACAAAAAGGCAAGUUGGAGUCACUUGCACGAGAUGAUCUUAUCAAGUAUGUUAAGAAACAAACCAUGAUUAUGCAGAAAAUGAAGGCCAAGUGUGAUGAUUUGACUAAGAAAUGCCAGGGACUUGAAAAAGAGAAAACCAACCCUGCAGGAAGCCAAGAUCAAGAAAAAAUUAAGGAAUUGGAAGAUGAGUUGUCUAACUUGAAAUCAGAACAUGAACAGCUGUUGACAGUCUACAAUGGUGUACAACAACAACAAGAGAGUUCAAUACAUCUACACGAGGAAUUGGAAAGUAAAAUUAGUGAUUUAACAACCAAGUAUGAAGACAUUGAAACUGAAAAGAACAAAUUGGAAGAGCAAUACAACGUUAUGGUCAAGAAAAACCAGGAUAUUAUGGAACAAUUGGAAUGCAUGCAGAUGAAGCAAGAAACCAUGACGACCACAUUCCAGUGUGUACAAGAGGAGUGUCACAGUCUAAAAGAAGCCAACAAAGAGCUAGAAGAACAAGUUGAAGUUCUGUCAACAGCAAGAGAUGAAACUGUGAAAUCUUUGAAAGCAAUGAGGCAAGAACAACAAGGUACAGGUGCCGAGAUGCAAAGCCAGAUAGAAGCCUUGACAGUGGAAAAAGAUUUAGCAAAAUCGGAAUUACAGCAGGCAAUUGAUAAGAUAUGUAACCUUCAGGGUCUUGCAGAAGAGGCAGAGUCUUACAAAAAUCAGUUGCAAGAAUCUUCCAAGAAAUUAGAAGAAUCUAUGGAGGAGAACGAGGAAUUGAAAAUGAAUGUUGAUGAGUUAGUGAAAAUUAGAAGCGAGUUUGAGAUUACAAAAGAUGGAUAUUCAAAGAAGGAUGCGGAGAAUGCUGAGUUGAAAUCUAAGAUAAUAAAACAUCAAGAAAAUGAAGAAGGUCUUAAGGGACUUAAUGAGGAUCUGAAGACACAGAUAAAUCACUUGUCAUCAGAGUUGGAAAACAUGAAGAAAGAUUGUGAUAAACAUAAAACAGAAUUCUCUGAGAUGAAGACAAAGCUAAAUCAAACUUUAGAGCAAAAUGAUACUGCUUUAUCACAGAUUGAAGAAAUGAGAAAUGAGAAUAAGAAGCUUUCUGAUGACUUUGAAAUACUGAAGUCUGAGAAAAGUAACUUGGAAAAGGAGAAGCAUGAAUUGAAAAAUAAUUUUGAUUGUUUGGUGUCAGAGAAAGAAAGAUUGACUACUCGAUUAGAUGAAAUACAGCAUGAUCAGCAAAAAUCUAGCAGCGAGAUAGACGAGGAAUUAAACAAAGCAAGAACAGAUCGAGAUGAUUUGAAAGCAAAGAACGACCAUCUAGAGUGUGAAAAGAUGGAGUUGUCUAAAAUACUGGAGACUUUAAAGGCAGAGAGUGAAAGAUCUGUGAGUGAGCUCAAAAGUGACAUUGAUGAAUUACAAAUUGAAAAAAACAACCUGAUUGGAGAAAUUGAAAAACUAAAUAAAGAUUUGAAGGAACUGCAAGAAAAUAAUGAAAAGCUUGUCAGUGAGUUAAAAGUAGAACUAGAUCAGGUACAAUCAGAAAAAAAUAUUCUAAAUGAUGAACGAAAUAAGUUUGAGAAAGAUUUGCAUAGUUUGCAUGAAGGCAAUGAUAGGGAAAGUUGUGAGUUACAAGAGAAACUGAGACUCAUUGAGGAAGACAGGGAUAAUCUGAAGGGAAAUUGUGAAUCACUCUAUACUGAAAAAGAAAAACUUGAACAUGAUUUGGAAUUAAUUAUGAAAGAAAGGGAGGACUUAUCUGGUGAUUUACAAAGUGAGCUGAGUGAUGUUAAAUUUGAACGAGAUGAAUUAGCAGUGAAGGUGGAGUCAUUAACAACAGAACGAGAGAAAUGGACUGGUGAAAUGAAUCUAGUUAGUACGAAAUUGGAAGAGUCUGUUAACAACCUGCAGGAACAGAUUAGAAAUGUUAGCGAUGAGAGAGAUCAAUUGAAACAACGAGUCAGUUCUCUGAUUGAAGAAAAAGACAGAUAUACUACAGAAAUGGAAACUGCAAAUAAAAACAUGGAAGAAUCAAUGUCUGGACUUCAUGAUGAAGUGCAGAAAUUCAACAUAGAGAGAGAUACGUUGCAGUCUCAGAUAAAAAUAUUGAAAGACGAAAACCAAAAAUUAUCAGACAAUUUAGAGCAUUUGAAGAAGGAUCAUGCAAGUUCAGCAAGUGACCUACAGAUUGAACUGACAAGUGUUAGAAAUGAACUUGGAGAAGUGCAGGAAAAAUUUGAGAAAACUGACAGAGAACUCCAAAGUGCAAAGAAGCAGUUAGCUGUGAGUGAGGAUGAAAAAAAUGCAGCUAAAUUAGAGUUGGAAAAUGCAGUGGCUUCUAUAAGUGGAGAAAGAGAUCAAUUCAAAUCUAAAGUAGAAAAGCUUGAAAGCGAAGUCGAUUCUUUGACAAAGCAAUAUCAGGAUGCCUUGGGAACCAAUGCAACACUUACAGAGAAAUUGGAGAAAAGUGUUAAUGAACAAACUGAAGUCAAAGGUCAGCUAAAAAGUCUGCAGGAACAAGUGAAAUCAGUUAGCAAUGAUAAUGAAAAUUUGAAACAUGAUAUUGAAACACUGAAAGAAGAAAAGGAGAAGGUCAUAUCUGAGUGUGGGCUGAAAAUAGACAAUUUGAAACAGGAAGUGAGUAAUUUAGAGGUGCAGAAAGAAAAAAUGUCUACUGAAUUGAGUAUGCUGAAGGAGCAGAGUGAAAAUACAACCGGGAAAACUCAAAAUUUAAUAGAGGAUCUUUCCAGUGUGAAAUCAGAAAAUGAUCAGCUACAGAAACUGAAAUGCUGUCUGGAAGAACGGCUGCAGGAAACUGCCAGUCAGCAGAAAAACUUAGAGUCAGAGUUGAAAUCUAUGAAAGAAAUGAAUAAUAAACUUGAGUCUGAUAUGGAAAUCAAUAAAGAACACUUGAAUAGAAGGGAGGAAAUCAAUACAGAAUUAAUGAAGCAACUGGAGGAAAGAAAUGACAAACUUGAGCAAUCAUCAACAUUACAAGAUGAGAUAAAAGAUCUUAAGAUACAAUUAGAUAGUGCAAUUGAGGAGAAAAAUGGUCUUCAGAAAGAGUUGGAAAUCAUGAGAGAUGAACGUAAGAAAACAGAAGAACAUGUUCAGCAAUUAGCCACAGAACAAGGAGACAAAGGAGAUGUUGAAAAAGAGUUGAAAAUGGUUAACAGCAAAUUACAGGAAGUUGAAGACAAAUCACUAAAGUUUAGAGCUGUUGCCGUGAAAGCCAAGAAAGAAUUGGGUGAAGCUAAGAAGCAGAUAGCAACUUUAACUGAAGAGAUGUCAUCAUUGAUUUCUGAAAAAGACAAGUUACAGAUGAAACUGGAUAAUACAUUGAAGGAGAGUGAUGGAAACAGACAGCAGCAAAUUGAAAGCUAUCAGAUACAAUAUGACAAAUUACUUGAUGACAUCGAUGACCAGAAAGCAGCAAGAAAAGCAGUGGAAAAACAAUUGCAAGAAGCCAAUAAUGAAGUCAAGCGUCUCACGGAAGAGUGUGCCAGUGUCAAACAGGCCAAGGAAGACCAAAACAACCAUUGUGAGGAACUUGAGAAACUUAAAGACCAACUACAGCUAUAUAUAAGUGAACAAGAAAAAGAAAAGAGUGGCAUUGAAAGGGAGAGAGAUGUAGAAAAGAUACAAAAAGAACAGAUAAUAGAAGAAGUAUCAGAGCUGAAAAGCAAGAUUAGUGACCUGGAAGAUCAGCUGGCUAAACAGACAGAAGAAUACCAACGUGCAACACAGAGGUUAGAAGAAGCCAAAAAGGAAGCCUCCCAUAGCAGUCUAAUGAAUUUAGAAAUAGCUGACUAUGAGCGUACUGUGUCUAGUUUAAAUGCUGUAAUCACAGAGAAUGAAACCAAGAUGUCAGAAAGUGCUGAAGAAUUAGAACGACUAGAGAAGAUCAAUGACAAUUUACAAAAACAACUUGAAAUGAAGGAGACUCAGAGACAGCAAGCUGAUGAAAGGAGUACUAAGCUUAAACAGUUAUUGGUUAAAACAAAGAAAGAUCUAGCAGAUUCUAAGAAAGCUGAGAGUGAACAGAAGAGUAGUGAUGCUGCAUUACGUGGACAGUUAGAGUACCUGACGCAACAAUGCGAAGAAUUAAAGGUGCAAAUUGCAGACAUCAUGUCACAAAACCAAAAAAUGAAAGACCAGUUGCAUACGUCCAAUGAAACUCACCUCCGUACAAGUAGAUCACUGGAAGCAAAGAUAUCAUCUUUACAACAAGAAAAUGAGAUGGCUAAAACAGAGUUGCUGUCUUGCCAAGCUGAUUAUGAAAGUUACAAGGUACGGGUACAUAGUGUACUGAAAUCACAGAAGAAAGGAAAUUCACAGGCUAAUGCUGAAGCUGACAAACAGGAAAAAGAAAAACUUGAAAAAGUCAUUGAUCAAUUGAAAUAUAAACUUCAAGAAGUAACUAAUACUUUGUCAUCUACGUCAUCUGAGUUGGAACUGCUACAUGAGGAGCAUGCUAGAUUAUCAGACAGACACAGUGAUGUGGUGCAAGAUAGUCAAAGAAAAGACAACAUGUGGAGAGAAAGGUUUGAAAGAGUGCAAAUGGAACAACAGACAGCCAAGUAUGAAAAUAAAGAAGCCAUGAAACAUUUAGCAUUACAACACGAAAACUUACUAGAGUCUGUAAAGGGGAUGGAACAUCCAGAUUUGGAAUCAGCUCAUGUGCCCCAUACACCCAUACCUACCAGCCCCUCUAUGUUGCCAUUAGAUCAGUUACUGACAACUGGUGAUGAUAAACAAAGUGUUGCAAGUGUCAGUACUUCAGCAGAAGAAGAGCAACUGAAACACCAACUGAUAUUAGCAUUGAAGAAAUUAGAACAUUUUUCUGAGAUUACAAAUGAUAAUGAAGCGACAAUCAUGAGACUCACUGAGCAAGCUAAGGUGCUGAAAGGUGAAAUCCGAAGACUAGAAAGAAAUCAAGAACGAGAUAAAUCAGUUUCUAACUUGGAAUAUUUGAAAAAUGUUACUAUGAAGUUCAUAACACUGCAGCCUUGUGAUGAGAAGCGUCAAUUAAUCCCUGUCUUGAACACAAUGUUACGACUCAGUGAAGAGGAAAAUGAGAAACUUUGUGCUGCUGCUGAAGUUGAAAGCAGUGGACAGUCUUCAGGAUGGGGUGGAUACCUACCAAGAUGGUCUGGUGCUGUCUCAUAACAAUAUAAACCAAUGUGACAAUCUUUUUCAAAUCACUAGCUUUUAAGAAAGAAAGGGUGACAAAUUUGGUUCCCUAGAAAUACCUUAUAUUGAGCAAUAGCAACAGUGGAAUUAAGUUAAACACUUGGGUUUCAUGUGGCUCUAUAUUAUUACCGGUUGUAGCCAUGCAAUAUACUAUGCUGCCAAUCUGGUGUCAGCUUAUUUGGGACUGAUACCAGUACAUAACUCCGAAAACUGCUCCUUUGCACUAGUCAGGCUUGUUGGCUUAUGUUAAGCAUCACUAUGGCUAACAGUACUACUACAAAAUUAUUUAAUGAACACCAGUAUGUUGAAGUAUGUAACAUGUGUGCCAACCGUAGAAUGGUUUGCAUUCCACUCAUAAGAGUGUGCAAUUACUCAAAUUGCGUGUUACCAAUAACCAUUCAAAAAUGCAUUGUGAUUUAUCAAUUGUAGUGUAAUACAGUAGGAUAGCAGGAAUUACUUAUUCUGGUAUCAUCAAGAUUUAUAUUUACUAUAAGUCAUUGGGGUUAUAUGUCAGAUACAGUUCACAUAAUGAAAAAUGGGAAAUUUACUCAAUAUUUUAACCACUUCACAAAAUACUGAUUCAUGUUUCUGUUCUAAAUAGGGGGUAAAAGAACUUAUAAACUUGAUUAAAACAAAAAAACAGCCUGGAUUGAGUGAGACACUUAUUUCAGGCAUAUAAAACAUGGUGAUGUUUUCCCAAUCUGAUUGUAAUCCAAGGAAUAGGAAUAGGCUCCAAUUAUUUAAAAAUUUUUGGAUAAUUUCAAUAUUUUACUUUAUUUAUGACUGAUAUUUUUUUAGGGGGUUUUGCCGUUAUUGAUUUAUAAAAAAAAGCUUAAUAUAGCAAAUAAAACCACAGAGAUAGUCAUCAAUAAACCAAAAUAACAAUGAAUGAAAAAUGGAAAAAAGAAAUUAGAGUCUAUACCCUGUAUCAGAUUGAUGUUUUUCAAUCUGCACAAAUUUAUAAAAACUGUACCAAUGGUGUCUGGUAUUAGUUUUAUAGUUGGCCGGAGUUUAAAAUUCAGAUAACAUGGAUGGUGGCUACAAUUUUUCAGAGACGAUGCAAGACUUGAUGGUAUUUGUGAACGAGUCGCAUUUAUAUCAAUAACUGAUUGCAAUUUAGCGAGGCAUCAAAUAUGUAUGGUUUUGCCAACAAUGACUAUGGGGUGUUGAAUGGUCAAAUAUCACAGAAUAAAAUAUUUAUAUACAUCUACUUAAAUUGUCAACUGGUGGGUUGUCAUAGGAUGUACAUAUUAUGAAUUGUGAUGGGUGUAGUGAUUGGGGGUUUGUUGUGACAUAUUGUACCCAGAGGUUAAAUAAAGUGGUCAUUUUAAAUGGGAAUAAAUA